AUGCGUCUCAAUGCCGCCCUCGCCUCCGCCGCCGCCGCUUGUCUGAUCGCGCCGGUAGUGGCCGUGUUCGAGGACGAGGCAUACCACAUCGACUUUCACUAUGCACUGCUCGGCCUGCCCGCCCCCGACACGACCUUUUUCCAGAGGCCAUAUGCCGGCUCAAAGGCCUCACUGCUCUACGCCGUCUCGCAGAACAACACGCUCGGUGCAAUCAAUCCAAAGGACGGUGCGCUGGUAUGGCGACAGCAAUUGCACUCUGCCAAUGCCCACGACCGACCUCACUUGCGGGCUACCGCAGGCCAGGACACGCUCAUCAGUGCAGUGGGCAAUCGCAUCUCUGCCUGGAGCGCCGCUGAUGGCCGUCUUGCUUGGGAGACGAACGUUGCGGAUGCCGUUGUCGAGGACCUCGAGAUGAUGCCACAGCAGCACAAUGGCCAGCCAAUUGACGCCCCCGCCGAUGCCGUCGUCCUCCUGUCCCACCAACGCCCCAGCGUCCAGCGACUCCAUGGCAAGACGGGUCGAGCCAAGUGGACGUUUGACGAUGCGAGCGGUGACACGCCCUUCCAGCUCGCAACCUCGCCUGCCGCCGUCUACUACAUCGCCCUCCACACGCCCAUGCUCGGAGCCUCCAAGCUCCGUGUCACCUCGCUGAACCCCACCACGGGCGAUAAACUCGACCAGUACACUCUCAACUCAGAUGCUGAGAUAUCCUCGCGCGACCGCAUUCUCUUUGCCGGAGCUAACACGGCCGCCCCCCUGCUGGUCUGGACUGACAAGGCAAACAAGGUGCUAAAGGUCAACAUCAUCGGCACAAAGCAUGUCGCUUCCUUCAACACCCCUGCCGACGACACCAUCGAGCGCAUCGUCGUCCAUGCCUCCAGCCAGGAAAGUGCGCCAGCCCAUUUCCUCGUCGAAUACCAGACAGCCGCCGGCCACUCUGCCCAUGUUUACCACGUCAACCCCGCCAAGAACACCGUUUCCAAGGCCUACAGCCUCCCUGAGCUGAAGAUCAAGGGCACAUUCACCACAAGCACAGCAGACGCCAACGUCUACUUUACAAGGGUCACUGAAAAUGAUGUGACUGUGUUUUCGUCUGCUUCGGAUAGUGUCUUGGGCCGUUGGAAGGCGGAGCGUUCAGUCGCACUUGCAGGCGCCUACCCGGUUCACGGACAGUCUGAGCUUGUUGUAAAGGGCGGAGCCGCGAGCGCCAUACGAUCAGCCGUCCUCUACUCUAACGGACAGUGGGCACUCCUACGCAACGAUGAGCUGGCUUGGACCCGUCCCGAAUUCCUGGCCACAACUACCUCUGCAGUUUGGGCCGGCCUACCCGAAGCCGAAGCCCUCGCACAAGCGCUCGCCGACGAAAGCCAUCGCAACCUGGUCUCUGCGUACAUACACCGUGUCCAAAGACAUGUACAGGACUUGGCUUACUUCCCGGCUUGGGCACAGGCCAUUCCCCAGCGCUUGCUCGGUAGUGUGGUUGGGAAACCAAAGGAAACUACCAUCGAUGACAUCCAGCAGGACACCUUCGGUUUCCACAAGCUCGUCGUUGUGGCUACUGAAACAGGUCGUCUUGCUGCACUUGACGUUGGUUCGCGAGGCAAGGUCAUGUGGAAUAUGCAUCUUAGCCAGUUUGCGCCCAAUGCAGACUUCAAACACCCUACCCUCAAGGCUCACCGCGGCUACGUUGAAGUCAGGGAUACCACAUUCCAAGGAUCGCUCUUCAUCAACUCUACCACUGGCGGUCUUCUUUCCUCCGACAACAUUCGGGUAGAGCGUCCACUCGUUUCCGAUGCGCAAAAUCUGUUGGCAUUUGAAUUGGUGGAUGGCACACUGAAAGGAUUUUUGGAAGACCAGCCUGGUUCAGAGCCAGUAUGGAGUUUUGCGCCUGUUGGCAAGGAACGUAUCGUCAGCUACAUCGCUAGGCCGAUCAAAGAUCCCGUUGCUUCUAUCGGUAAAGUGCUCGGUGACAGAAGAGUGCUUUACAAGUACCUGAACCCCAAUCUCGUCUUGGUAUCAACCGUUGUUGAUUCAGCGCGAUCCGCAUCUAUUUACCUGCUCGACUCUGCCUCUGGACAAUUGCUACACACCGUUUCACACAACGACGUGGACACUUCUCGACCCAUUCCGGCUACGAUAUCCGAGAAUUGGUUCGCGUACUCGCUUACAAUUGACUCUGCUUCAGGUGCAUCGUCCCGCGGCUACCAGCUCGUCAUUUCGGAUCUUUACGAGUCACCACUUCCCGACGACAGAGGACCGCUUGGACCCACCACCAAUGCUUCAACCGUACGGCCCUCAGGUGCAAACGGUGAUUCUGUGCAGCCCUAUGUUCUAUCGCAGAGUUACCAAGUACCAGAAGAAAUCGCACAUAUGACUGUAACGCAGACAAGGCAGGGAAUCACUAGCCGUGAGCUGCUCGUAUACGUCCCUGCAACAAACUCUAUCGUCGGCAUUCCACGUGCGGUCAUUGAUCCUCGCCGACCGGUUGGCCGUGACCCCACUGCCCACGAGCAAGCUGAGGGUUUGGUGAAGUACACACCACUCAUCAACUUCGACCCAAAAUGGCAUCUUACCCACAAAUAUGAAGUCAUGGGCAUCAAGAACAUCAUCACAAGCGAGAGUGGAAUCGAAAGUACUAGCUUGGUCUUUGCAUACGGGCUAGACAUUUUUGGUACUAGGAUCGCACCCAGUUUUGCAUUUGAUAUACUGGGCAAGGGUUUCAACAAAAUCUCCAUGUUGCUUACCGUUGUAGGACUGUUUGUUGGUGUCUUGUUCGUUGCACCUUUGGUUCGAAGAAAGCAAAUCAACACUAUGUGGACAAUGUGAUCGAACAACUUGACAGGAUACAGUCUAGAAAAAGAUGGGGGAACAUCCCACAAAGUAGGAUAACCCAGCGACCAAGCAUCCGGGCAGUAGAAGGUGCUCCGAUAGCCAGCCUGAGCCCGAUAAGAGUAGAAUCAGUAAUGUAGAAGUAGUAAGAUACCCAGUACCUCCGGAUGGAGCUACUGAACCCACAGACAGCGAAUGCUUCUGUAAAAGAA